CCAUCGACCCAAGCAGUUGCGACCAUGGCCUCCAGCGCCGCGCCCACCGUCGACGACGAGGUAGUCCACGAGUUCGGCCCGCUGCUCCGAGUCUACAAGAGCGGCCGCGUCGAGCGCCCCAUCGUGGCCCCGCCCGUCGCGCCCGGCCUCGACGCCACCACCGGCGUCCAAUCCAAGGACGUCGACCUCGGCGUCUACUCCGCCCGCCUCUACCUGCCGCCCUCCGUCACAACCUCCGGCGCCAAGCUCCCCGUCAUCGUCUACAUCCACGGCGGCGGCUUCGUGGCCGAGUCCGCCAGGUCCCCGAACUACCACCGCUUCCUCAACGACCUCGCCUCCGCCUGCCCGGCGCUCGGCGUCUCCGUCGACUACCGCCUCGCCCCGGAGCACCCGCUCCCGGCGGCCUACGACGACUGCCGCGCCGCCCUGGCCUGGGUCCUCUCGGCGGCGGACCCCUGGGUCGCCGCGCACGGCGACCUGGGCCGCGUCUUCGUGGCGGGCGACAGCGCGGGGGGCAACGCCUGCCACCACCUCGCCAUCCAGCCGGACGCCGCGCGCCUCAGGGGCGCCGUGCUGAUCCACCCCUGGUUCUGGGGCUCCGAGGCCGUCGGCGAGGAGCCGCGCGACCCCGCGGGGCGCGCCAUGGGCGCGGGACUGUGGCUGUUCGCGUGCCCCGGCACCAGCGGCGCGGACGACCCGCGGAUGAACCCCAUGGCUCCCGACGCGCCGGGGCUGGAGGCUCUGGCGUGCGAGAGGGUCAUGGUGUGCACGGCGGAAGGCGACUUCCUCAGGUGGCGCGGCCGCGCGUACUCGGAGGCGGUCACCGCGGCGAGGGGCGCCGGCGGGCUGGAGGUGGAGCUGCUGGAGACGGAGGGGGAGGGGCACGUCUUCUACCUCUUCAAGCCCGACUGCGACAAAACCAAGGAGAUGAUUGACAGGAUCGUCGCCUUCGUUAACGCAGCGUGAUGACAUGCGCCACCGGCCUCCCUGCCUAGCCGCUUGCAGCUCGGUGCGUUUAGUCAUGCAAGAGUGUUUGUGCACCAUAUAUUCUGAGAC